AUGGUCUCUGAUUAUGGAGAUGUUAAUCUCUUUCCUCCCAUUACCCGAGAGAGCAGUACAUUCUGCUCAGAUACCCGCAAGUGGGAUAUGGUGCGCCGACUGAUGGACUCGGAGUGGUUUUCGCGGGUUUGGGUGCUCCAAGAAGUCGGCUUGGCUCGAUCAGCCGUCUUGCUCUACGGCCAUGCAAAGAUGAACUGGGCUUAUCUCGUGGAACUGAUGCUUAUUGUCGCCUCGCGGGUUGAUGUCGCUUCCCAGAUGGGAACUGUCAAAUCUGGUAUGUUCUGGGACUUGUUCGAGGACCUCUGGAGGACAUAUGGCAAUGCCAUAUCCUGGAGAAAUGAAUUGCCAUUGUGUAAGAUGUUGAGUUGCAAUGAAGGUGAAGUGAGCUUCAUCAACAUUCUGAACGAUGGGCGAACCUAUAAGGCCACCGACCAGAGAGAUCGUGUUUACGCCUUUCUCAGCCACCCGAGUACGGCUUACGGCGUUGAAAAGGAGAAAAGACUGGUACUUGCCAACUAUAACCUCUCCGUCGAUGAAGUUUAUCUUCAGACUGCCGAAGGCAUCUUGGAGAAUGACCCAUAUCCCUGGACUUUACUUACCUGCAUUGACCAUACUGAAGACUCUCUCUCGCUUUCGGGCCGGCGGCCCUCGUGGGUGCCACGUUGGGACGAAGGGUGGCGGGUAUAUUGGCUGGGAUACCCGGAGAACUGGUAUCGAGCAGGCGGAACCAGGCCUACAUCAUUUCAAUUUGAAGUCUCCAGAGCCGAGUCCUCUCUACGCGUCACGGGUGUGAUCUUGGAUUCUAUCGAGUGGACAUCCCGCAUAUUUGAUUCUGAAGAACUUCUCCUUGAAACUCAGCAGAAGGAGGCGCCGUUGCAAAGGUUGUGGGAGGAGUUGGAAUCUCGCAGAGGUAACGCAGUUUACGGCAGCAGCCAGCACGAGCGGGAACAUGCCUACAGCCUCACUAUCGCAGCAGGACGGGCAGCCGAUGAAGGACCUGCUGAAGACAAUCCCACGCUGCACAGCGCCAUCUACCGUGCAUACAAGGAGAUACUCCGCGGUCAGAGAGUCAGCGAUCAUGAAACUGAGCCGCCGUCAUCUGCAGAAGCAGACUCCAAGUGUCAAGAAGGGACGGUGUCUCCACGAUCUCUAAAACUCGAAGCGCUCACCUACAUUAGCAGCCAUCAGCGCAGAGCCUUUCACAACCGACGGUUCUUCCGAACAAGAAAGGGCUACUUUGGACUCGGCCAUAUGACGGUCAAAUCAUGUGAUGAAUGCUGUUUGUUUAGGGGUGCAAACGUGCCAUUCGUAAUCCGGAGGGUGUCAGCCGACAAUAAUGGACAGGAAGACUCCAUUGACACUCAAUAUUUGCUUGUGGGUGAAUCGUAUAUCCAGGGUGUUAUGAGGGGAGAAAUCUUCGAGACAAUGGAUGCAGGCAAUCGUGAUGGCCUUGUUGAACGGAAGAUUAUUCUUGUGUAG